AUGGCGACGACGGCGACGACGCUCCUUGUGGCCUGGGCCGCGUGCUGCUGGCUGGGCAGCGCGUGUCCGGCCUGCGGCGUCAGCGACCGGACCCAGGCAGCCCGGCUCAAGCUCGAGGCCAUCAAGCGGCAGAUCCUGUCCAAGCUUCACCUGCAGGGGCGCCCCAACGUCUCCUCGGGGCUCACCAGGGAGGUGGCCCUCGAGGCCCUCCGAACCCGGGGCGCCCUGCCCGAGGAGGGGCCCCCGCCCCCCGAGGGUGCGGAGGACGCCCCGGGAAGGGGCGACGACUACUACGCCCGAACCUCCGAGAUCAUCGCCUUCGCAGAGCCCGGGCGCAGCCUGAACGGACACGUGUUGCUAGACUUCUACCCCUCUCACGAGCACAUGAACCCAAAAUUGCAAGUGACCGCAGCCACUCUGUGGAUUCAACUCCGCAGGAAGAACAGGGGCCGGCUCCGGACGCAGGACCAGUCUCUCACGUUGUACGUGUUCCGAGUUGGCAACAGCACGGAGCACAUGCACCACCUUGCGUCCUACCGCCAAGAAGCCCCAGAAGACGGCUGGAGACAGCUGGAUGUGGGAAACAGCGUGCAGCAGUGGUUUUCUGGUGGAGACAGCAGGGAGAAGCUCACCCUCCUGGUAGAUUGUGUGGGUUGCGAUUCCAAAUUCGAAAUCGUUCUGUUCGACGAGGAGGAUUCCAUCACGUAUUCCAACAACGUAACUGCCACUGCCACCGCGAGGAAGAUUCGACACGGUGGCCAUCAGCAGCAGCAACAACUCAUGGGGCUCAGACCAUUCCUGGUGAUUGCCACAGAAACGACGGAGCAGAGGAGGUCACGGAGACACUCGAGGAGUUGCGGAGGUCGCCCCAGUCACUGCUGCCGCCAAAAGCUGUACGUCAGUUUCGACGAACUAGGCUGGGGUGACUGGAUCAUCGCUCCAAAGGGCUACUAUGCUAAUUUUUGUAUGGGCAGCUGCAACGGCCCUAGGACUCCCGACACUUACCCAACAUUUCAUACCCAUGUUAUAGAAGAAUAUCGUAGUAGAAAUCCUUACGCUUCCAUUCACCCUUGCUGCGCACCUACCAGACUUUCGCCCAUGUCUUUAAUCUACUUUGACCCCGAUUUAAACAUAAUAAAGACCGAUUUGCCGAAGAUGAUUGUUGAAGACUGUGGAUGUACGUGAAGUCCUUCCUUAUCUUAAUCUGAUUCUGGUCGUUGUUGGCAGUUAACUGCACGUAAAAUGAUGUCACGAUUUUUGCUUAUUCAAGUGGCAGUUCCAUCGAAGUGACUGACUGUGUACAAAUAAUGGCGCUGGAAAACCACCAACGACUUGCCUCUUGUACUCUAUAAGUGUUUACAUUAUUGAAAAGCUGAGAACAAAAUUCCUUAACAUGUUCUUCUGAAAGAAGAAUUGUAAAAGACAAGAGGAAGGGAUAGAAAAGUGAAGUUCUAAAGAUAACAAUUUUUGUGCAAGAAAUACUUUUGAAGCAUAAAAU